AUGGGAUCCACUCCUUCCUUCCCUCGGUUGUCCAUCCCCAAAGAUACCAUUUCUGUAGUAACUGGAGGAAAUGCAGGUAUCGGAUAUCAUACUGCCAAGUGGCUAGCUAUGAUGGGUGGUACUGUUAUAAUUGCUUGUAGAUCAGAAGAGAAAGCCAAACAGGCGAUACAGCAAAUGAACGAAGAAUUCACUGAAAAACAAAAGAAGACACCAGGGAUAGUUGACUAUGAACGACUUAAUGUUGAGUUCAUGUUUUUAGACUGUAAUUCAUUAAAAUCUGUGAUGAAUUUUGUUGAGGCGUACAAAUCUUCAGGAAGGAAACUUCAUAAGUUAAUAUGUAAUGCUGGUAUUGGCCUCCAAGACAAGCUAUCAUAUACGGAAGACGGCCAUGAACAAAUUUUUCAGGUAAACUAUCUAAGCCAAUUCUUGAUGGUUUCUCAUCUACUUCCUGUGAUGAAAGAGUCUGGCCCUGACUGCAGAAUUGUUCUUGUGUCAAGUAGGGCACAUGAAAGGUGUAGCUUUGAUCCUGUGGAUAUUGAAGGAAAAAAGUAUUCUGAACCGAAAUAUGAUACCACAGAAUUGUACGGCAGAUCAAAACUUUACCAGGUAAUGCAGAUGUAUCGACUAAACGAGAUACUCAAAGACACAAAUGUGACUGUUCUGUCUUUGGACCCUGGGAUCGUGAAAACGCCACUCCUUAAUACUUUCAAGAGAGGAGCUUUGAAGGUUUUGAUACCGAUGUUACAAUCAUUUGGUGGAACGAAAAGUCCUUUUGAAGGGGCAUGGACUACACUCAAUGCGGCUGUUAAUCCCGAACUGGCUGGUGUACGGGAUGUAUACUUCUCGGAUUCUAAACCAAAAGCCUCAACAUCAACCUCUAAGAAGAAAUCACAUCAGAGGGCUGUAUGGGAUUACACCAUCGACAGUCUCGAAGCGUAUCUACCAGACGGAGUUCUCCAGGAUUUACAAUAA